UGUCCUUUUCACAGUUUCUGCACAAGAUGUGAAAUAUUUCCUGAAGGGUCAGGACAUACACUUCAUGCCAUCCAUCUCUGAACAACCUAUUAGAUUAAUCUGGCUACAUAAUGAAAAUUAUGUGGUGUUUUUUUCUGGCAUGGAGGACAUUGUGAAGUCUUCAUACAAGAACAGAAUCACUCUGGACCGGGUCUCUGCAGAACUCACCAUCAAAAACGCCACAUAUGAAGACAGUGGAGACUAUUUCCUAGAAAUGAACAUAAACAACAAGCCUGAUACUUUCCAGCGUACAAUUGAAGUUAUAGACAAAGUAUCCAAACCCAACAUAUCCUGUGAGAUGAGCGACACAAAGCAGGCGACACUUGUGUGCUCAACAGAGUCCAAACAUCCUCAUUUAUUAAAGUUGAAGUGGAGCUCACCAGGAAAGGAGCAGACUGGACCAAAUUUAACAAUAACUGUCAGGAAUGAAGAUGAUGAUCAAGUUUAUCGUUGUGAUGUCAGCAACCCUCUGACCAAUGAAACGGCUUCAUUCACUGCUAAGGACUGCUUCCCGGGUAAAAGAUCAGAUGUUCAUCGGAUUAUCAUAUUAGUCUGUAUCUUCAUUCUGGUCAUCAUCUUGUGUUGUGUUUUAUACAUAACACCUCAAUAUCUAAAAGUGUCCAAAGAGUGUGAUGAAAAGACAUCCUUCUUAGACCAAGUACUCACUCUUCCCUCCAACUCAGGACUGAAUGUGUUGACUGAGGACGAGAAGAUGGAUUCAGAAGGAGCCAUGCUACUCACUGCUUCUGUUCCUGCACUUCAUUCCUCUUCAACACACUUAAACACUAUCACUGAACUUUCAGAUACCAGCAAUGAUCAGCAAGAUCAGCAGAAAAAUUCGGAGGAAAAUGUGAAAACAGAUGACUUCCUGAGUGGAGCGACACUCAGUGAUUGGGGAGGAAUUAGAAGACGAAGCAACAGUUGGUCAGGAAUCAGUCCUACAUAUGACAGAAAUGUACAUCUCAAAAAGAAGGAAUAUUUCAGAGAGAAAACGAAGACAAUUUCUUUGAACAAAAUAACUAAUAAUUGUUUGAAAGGAGUUAAAGAAGCCAUCUAUGUUAAAAGAUCAUUUUGAAACAAAGAUGGAGGUUGUAGCAACAUGAGCUGACAAAUUCACCAACAACUGGAUCAUUUCUUUUUUCCCCCAAAGAUGUCGCCGCUGUAGUGGCUGCUGGUGGCAGGAGCUCUGUGCUCUUGUGUCAUCCUUCUGUGUUCCUGGUGUUUCCUUCUUGUUUUCAUGUCGGUUUUGUUUUUCCUUUCGGUUCGGGACCCUUUAGGACUGUCUGACAAGGGGUGCCACUUUCGAGACUUCUGCGGUGCUUUUUUGUGGUCUUCUGGAUCUGAUUCCUUUAGACCACGGAGACCAGCUGCUGGGUCUCUGCCACACCAGAGUCCGUUUGGAGAGACUGGAGGAGACGCGGAUGAAGAGACAGAGCUGCGGAGCUGGUGCUGAGCGCCGGGACGGACGGGCUUCACAGUGUCUUGGCUGAAUGAGCAGGUAUCGGACACCUCGGUCUCCUUGGACGCAUCCUCACUCAUCCAUGCAGACUGGACACUGGCCGAGAGUUAGUGAGCGGCCGAGUGGCUCUCUUGGUUGCUUUGUUGGGUCUGCUCCUAUCUCUGGCCAUGCUCCCCCCCACCCCAGCAGACGAUGGCGUGGAAUACCGCAGAGGCCACCACACUGUAUACAUUUUUUAAAUUUUAUAUAUAUUUUUAUGUAGCUGUAUAUAGAAAUGGCUGGUUGCAUCAGCUUUGCUCUUUUAAUGUCCUUUGAGUUCUUUGAUGUUUCCCUCUUACACACAUGCUUAUGUGUGCUUUAGCUAUGAGUUUUUUUCCGUUGGCCUUAAUCUGGACCCCCUCUCCAGGGGCCCAGGCUUAGACAGAAUAAUCUACCUGGACGUUGGAGUCUGCACUAAAGCUUGAUUGAUAACGUUUUCAAAUGAAUAGAUAUGAAACUGUACAUAUGUAAUAGUGAGAUGUUGUUGCGCUAUAUUAUGAACGAGACAGGUUGUUAUGUUUAUUUUGAAGUAUUGGUUUUAUUUUGAAGAACCGGAUGUCCGGUACAGGAAGUGACUUUGCUGUUGUUUUUGGAUUUUUACUUCCUCUUCUAUCGGACUUGAUGGUGAGGUAAUAGUUCUUCAUUGUUCCGUGUUUCUUGUGUAAAUAUUAUUUCUAAACUUUUAUAUUACUUAAACAUUUAAAACAAUAAUGUUGUAGGUAUAAGUGAUGUGUUUUAAGUAUUUUUUUAUGCAUAAUUUUGUUAAGUAAGGAUUAGAGCGUCGAAUGUUUGAAAUGUUUGGUCAUAAUUACACAUGGUAUUUACGCAGGUAUCACUCCGCCAGAAAAGUAGAGACCUCUUAAUGUGUUUCGUGUUUCCAAAACAGUCUCUUCACAAGUUCUCUUUGGUGGACCUCUGGCCGCGUCCUGAAAAGUCCCUACAUGAUCCAGGAUCUUGCGGUUGAUCUCUGCCAACGCCACGGAGAAGACGAAGGCCUUCUUGUCUGCCUCGAUGGUGUAUCAUAUGUGACCGUGUUAAAGGCAAUCCCAGUUUCUGCACAGGAUGUGAAAUAUUUCCUGAAGGGUCAGGACAUACACUUCAUGCCAUCCAUCUCUGAACGACCUAUUAUAAUUCUCUGGCAACAUAAUGAAAAAGAUGUGGUAUUAUCUACUGGCACGGAGAAGUAUGUGGCUUCUUCACACAAGAACAGAAUCACUCUGGACCGGGUCUCUGCAGAACUCACCAUCAAAAACGCCACAUAUGAAGACAGUGGAGACUAUCACCUAGAAAUGCACUUUAACAGCGAGCAGGAUACUUUCCUGUAUAGAAUUGAAGUUAUAGACAAAGUAUCCAAACCCAACAUAUCCUGUGAGAUGAGCGACACAAAGCAGGCGACACUUGUGUGCUCAACAGAGUCCAAACAUCCUCAUUUAUUAAAGUUGAAGUGGAGCUCACCAGGAAAGGAGCAGACUGGACCAAAUUUAACAAUAACUGUCAGGAAUGAAGAUGAUGAUCAAGUUUAUCGUUGGGAUGUCAGCAACCCUCUGACCAAUGAAACGGCUUCAUUCACCGCUAAGGACUGCUUCCCGGUUUCUGCACAGGAUGUGAAAUAUUUCCUGAAGGGUCAGGACAUACACUUCAUGCCAUCCAUCUCUGAACAACCUAUUAGAUUUAUCUGGCUACAUAAUGAAAAUGAUGUGGUAUUUUUUACUGGCACGGAGAACUAUGUGCCUUCUUCAUACAAGAACAGAAUCACUCUGGACCGGGUCUCUGCAGAACUCACCAUCAAAAACGCCACAUAUGAAGACAGUGGAGACUAUCUCCUAGAAAUGAACAUAAACAACGAGCCUCGUACUUUGCUGUAUACAAUUGAAGUUAUAGACAAAGUAUCCAAACCCAACAUAUCCUGUGAGAUGAGCGACACAAAGCAGGCGACACUUGUGUGCUCAACAGAGUCCAAACAUCCUCAUUUAUUAAAGUUGAAGUGGAGCUCACCAGGAAAGGAGCAGACUGGACCAAAUUUAACAAUAACUGUCAGGAAUGAAGAUGAUGAUCAAGUUUAUCGUUGUGAUGUCAGCAACCCUCUGACCAAUGAAACGGCUUCAUUCACCGCUAAGGACUGCUUCCUGGUUUCUGCACAGGAUGUGAAAUAUUUCCUGACGGGUCAGGACAUACACUUCAUGCCAUCCAUCUCUGAACAACCCAUUGCAUCUAUCUGGCUACAUAAUGACAAUGAGGUGGUAUGGUUUACUGGCACGGUGGAGGAUGUGCCUUCUUCAUACAAGAACAGAAUCACUCUGGACCGGGUCUCUGCAGAACUCACCAUCAAAAACGCCACAUAUGAAGACAGUGGAGACUAUCACCUUGGAAUGAACAUAAACAACAAGCUGAAUACUUUCCAGCGUAGAAUUGAAGUUAUAGACAAAGUAUCCAAACCCAACAUAUCCUGUGAGAUGAGCGACACAAAGCAGGCGACACUUGUGUGCUCAACAGAGUCCAAACAUCCUCAUUUAUUAAAGUUGAAGUGGAGCUCACCAGGAAAGGAGCAGACUGGACCAAAUUUAACAAUAACUGUCAGGAAUGAAGAUGAUGAUCAAGUUUAUCGUUGUGAUGUCAGCAACCCUCUGACCAAUGAAACGGCUUCAUUCACCGCUAAGGACUGCUUCCCGGGUAAAAGAUCAGAUGUUCAUCUGAUUAUCAUAUUAGUCUGUAUCUUCAUUCUGGUCAUCUUGUGUUGUGUUUUAUACAUAACACCUCAAUAUCUAAAAGUGUCCAAAGAGCGUGAUGAAAAGACAUCCUUCUUAGACCAAGUACUCACUCUUCCCUCCAACUCAGGACUGAAUGUGUUGACUGAGGAUGAGAAGAUGGAUUCAGAAGGAGCCAUGCUACUCACUGCUUCUGUUCCUGCACUUCAUUCCUCUUCAACACACUUAAACACUAUCACUGAACUUUCAGAUACCAGCAAUGAUCAGCAAGAUCAUCAGAAAAAUUCAGAGGAAAAUGUGAAAACAGAUGACUUCUCAGUGAUUGGGGGAUGAAUUAGUAGGCAAAGCAACAGUUGGUCAGGAAUCAGUCCUACAUAUGACAGAAAUGUACAUCUCAAAAAGAAGGAAGAUUUCAGAGAGAAAACGAAGACAAUUUCUUUGACCAAAAUAACUAAUUGCUUGAGAAAGGAGUUAAGGAAGCCAUGUAUUUUAAAAGGCCAUUUCGAAACAAAAAAGGAGGUUGUAGCAACAUGAGCUGACAAAUUCACCAACAACUGGAUCAUUUCUUUUUCCCCCCAAGAUGUCGCCGCUGUAGUGGCUGCUGGUGGCAGGAGCUCUGUGCUCUUGUGUCAUCCUUCUGUGUUCCUGGUGUUUCCUUCUUGUUUUCAUGUCGGUUUUGUUUUUCCUUUUGGUUCGGGACCCUUUGGGACUGUCUGACAAGGGGUGCCACUUUUGAGACUUCUGUGGGGCUUUUUGUGGACUUCUGGAUCUGCCUCCCGGGAGCCUUUUGGCCAUGGAGACCAGCUGCUGGGUCUCUGCCACACCAGAGUCCGUUUGGAGAGACUGGAGGAGACGCGGAUGAAGAGACAGAGCUGCGGAGCUGGUGCUGAGCGCCGGGACGGACGGGCUUCACAGUGUCUUGGCUGAAUGAGCAGGUAUCGGACACCUCGGUCUCCUUGGACGCAUCCUCACUCAUCCAUGCAGACUAGACACUGGCCGAGAGUUAGUGAGCGGCCGAGUGGCUCUCUUGGUUGCUUUGUUGGGUCUGCUCCUAUCUCUGGCCAUGCUCCCCCACACCCCAGCAGAAGAUGGCGUGGAAUACUGCAGAGGCCACCACAGUGUAUACAUUUUUUUUAAUUUUAUAUAUAUUUUUAUGUAGCUGUAUAUAGAAAUGGCUGGUGACAUCAGCAAUGCUCUUUUAAUGUCCUUUGUGUUCUUUGAUGUUUCCCUCUUACACACAUGCUUAUGUGUGCUGUGGCUAUGAGUUUUUCUUCCGUUGGCCUUAGUCUGGACCUCCUCUCCAGGGGCCCAGGCUUAGACUGAAUAGUCUACCUGGACGUUGGAGUCUGCAAUAACGCUUGAUUGAUAAUGUUUUCAAAUGAAUAGAUAUGAAACUGUACAUAUGUAAUAGUGAGAUGUUGUUGCGCUAUAUUAUGAACGAGACAGGGCGUUAUUAUUUUAUUUUGAAGUAUUGGUUUUAUUUUGAAGAACCGGAUGUCCGGUGCAGGAAGUGACUUUGCUCUGGAUUUUUACUUCCUCUUCUAUCGGACUUGAUGAUGAGGUAAUAAUAGUUCUUCUUUGCUCCGUGUUUCUUGUGUAAAUAUUAUUUCUAAACUUUUAUAUUACUUUAAAAGUUAAAACAAUAAUGUUGUAGGUAUAAGUGAUGUGUUUUAAGUAUUUUUUAAUGCAUAAUUUUGUUAAGUAAGGAUUAGAGCGUCGAAUGUUUGAAAUGUUUGGUCAUAAUUACACAUGGUAUUUACGCAGGUAUCACUCCGCCAGAAAAGUAGAGACCUCUUAAUGUGUUUCGUGUUUCCAAAACAGGUAUGUGGAUUUGUGUAUUAUUGUUUUUUUUUUUGUGAUAAAACGUUUUUGUUAAUGUAAUUUAAAUUAUUAUUUCAGUAUGAAUGAAUGUUGUUUAUUUCCUCUUCUAUCGGACUUUUGCUGAUGAGGUAUCACUCCGCCAGAAAAGUAGAGACCUGUUUAUGUGUUUCGUGUUUCCAAAACAGGUGGCCAAUAAAUGAUGAAACGACGGAAUGGUGGAGUGUCUCUUACUUAAACUACACAACGCAGAAUAAGACUCACUACACAUAUAUGAUGUAAAUACUGUACAUAGAUUGUGUAAAUAUUGCAUACAUGUUAUAUUUUAUGUCACUAUAUUUAGUUUAUUUAUACAUGCAUUGUCCUUUCCAUCCUUACACUUUCCAUCAUUGUAACUGAGCUACUGUGUGGAACAAUUUCCCUUGUGGAUCAUUAAAGUUUGUCUAAGUCUAUCAUCAAAAAAGUAUGAAGGUUCUUAGAGGUUCUUUUUUUUAAAGAUGGAGAACCACUGUUUAAGACGAUACAUAUUUCAGUAAUUGUAUAGAAUAGACGGACCUGGCCUUGAGGAGGAGAUGGUUUUAUUUUCAAACAGUUGGAAAAAAAAAUCUCCUAAGGCAGUGAGGAGCAUUUAAGGAGCGAGUGAAGGCGGUGAAAAUAGAAAUAUUUAGUGUGUGCAUUCAGGUAGAAGUAGUGAGGCACUGUGCUGCUAGUGUUUCAGUGAGACAAAGGCACCAGAGUGAGCUACAGUACAAAGUGUGUGUAGAAGAAGAGUGUAAAGGCGGCACCAUGGCAAAGGUCUCGGGUGUGAUGUCAUACUGCCCUUCAAAGGUGCAAAAAGGUAAAAUAUAUAUUUAUAUAUAUCACUAGUGUGAUGGGCUUCCAAGAGCGUAGCAGUGCAUCCCACCUGAGAACAUUUAGUGUGGACCACUCCAGCUCCGACAAAGUUUGCAGGGUUAGGAUCAACGCCCUCCAGCAAACCCACACCAAAACCUAUAAUCUAGCAAACAUAAGUCAUGUCAAGUAUUAGCAAGCAUUAACUCUUUGUCAUACAAGCAUUAAAAUAUGUUUUGUCAUGAGGUUUGGACAUCAGGUCCUGAUUGUUCUCUGUUUUAAAACACUGAAAAUCCAAAAUGUACAAAAGCUUCACUUCAUGUGUGGUGAUGUCCAAAACCUUGUAAUGUGCAUUGCUGCCACCUACAGGACAUGAGGAAACAUUACAGUCUAUAUGACACAUCAUUUUAUCACAUAUUCAGUAAAUGAUGUGAACCAUACAGUCUUUUAUUAUAUUCAUGCGACCCCGAAAGGGACAAGCGGUAGGAAAAUGGAUGUGUACUGUACUGCUAUUUAUUAUUGUUUUAGAAAUGAUUUCUAAAAAGUGGUAGGAAUAAAUAAGCUGUGCUUCUUCCUAAUCCUUUUCGGAAUGUAAAACUGUAACUGUAUACAUGUUUGAAACACAUCACUAUAUUGUUUUUAUUUUUUUGAUUUAUUAAAUCAUGUCCGAAAUAAAUAAAUACUUACAAUACAAUGA